ACGUCGAUAUGUCGACUGCCCACAAUGACGAUCAACCAGUCGUCGCUCCUCCCUCCGGUGCUGCCCACUCGAAUGCGCCACCUUCUGCCAACUCGACUCAGCCAUCGUCUCUAAACCCUCCAUCAGCCCAUGCGCCGGCAGCUACGACUCCCUCAAUCAAUGCUCCGAUAGACUAUACCACUAUCCAUUCCACCAUAAAGUCCUUUUCUCCAGCUACUGAACACAUCCUGGAGCGAUUGCCUCCAACGAACUUGUCUUCUGUCUUUGGUACCCAAGAGUGGGAAGCCGCCAGGAAUGCCGUUCUCAAGAAUAUGACCACUUCGACCUCGCUAGGUGCUGAGAAUACCAUCGAUACUGGCGCAAGAGUAAAAGAGGAAGACAGGAAUACUUCAAUGGAUGCCACAACACCAGCCGUGCGAGGAGGACGGGGGAGGAAUCGUGGAGGCCGUCCACGAGGCAGUCGAGGAAGAGGCAGAGGACGAGGUACAUUGGCAGGAACCGCCGGAUCACCAACGUCUGCAGCUGCAGAAACACCACCUUCCACAGGUCGAGGUCGUGGUCGGGGACGGGGAGGUCGUCCAAGAGGAAGAGGUGGCAGAGGCGGCAGGAAGCCUCUUGCUGAGGGCAUCAAGAUUCACGAAGUCAGCUCCGACAGCGAUGAUGACCUGCUGGAUGAUGCUGAGGGUACCCCGCUGGCCACAACCUCACGCUCCGGUCGCGCAAUCACGAAACCCACCACCUUCGUACCUGUCAUACCCUCACCCACCUCUGGUACCAAACGCAAGCGCAAUUGGGGACGCAGGAAUCCGGAAUUGGCAGUGUGUAAACAAUGUCUCCGACCUCACAGUCCAGCCACCAACAUGAUAGUAUUUUGUGAUGGCUGCAACACUCCCUAUCACCGCUACUGCCAUUACCCGCCUAUCAGUCAGGAGGUUGUGGACGUACCCGACAUGGAAUGGUUCUGCUCGGAUUGUACCGUGCGACCGCCGCCUGAUGUUGAUGUGGAUUCGUUUGUACCUGGAGGAGACUUGAUGGAUCAUCAGAAACGAGACGUUCUGAUGUUACUCCCGACCAAUGCGCUGGUUGAUUUGCUGCUACGGGCAGAGCAAGCGCACCCAGAACUGGCCUUGUUCCCACCAGGAGCUUUCCAGAUACCUUUACCUACGACACUUUCGGAUCUGCUUGACCCUCCUAAAGCUCAAGUGGAACCUCUACCUCCAAAUCCACCCGAGCCUCCGUCUGAUGGAUCUGAGCAUGCCUACUAUCCUCUGCCUGUACGGCCAGAUGACGAUGUGGAUGAAGGGUAUAACGAGCUCGAGAAUCCCACAGCGAAUUACCCAAAGCCUGGUCAGGGACUGGCAGCGUUGCUUCCUCCUGAGAAGAAUGAUCUGAAUUGGUUGGUAGAUGACAAUGAAGAAGUCUACAGCCAUUUCGUACCGGCCGGACGGAAUGGCAGUAUGGACGACGCGACCAUGGCAGCAAUCAUGGCCAACAACGCAGCCGCACCGCAACAAGGCGACCGUCUCGCCGGUCUUGCUCACUCUGAGCAGCACUACUUCAACUCCUACAACCACCAUGGAAUCCACGAGGAGAUGCUCAAGGACGACGUGCGCACCCGCAGCUACCGCGAUGCCAUCUACCAGAACCGUCACCUGUUCAAGGACAAGGUCGUCCUCGACGUUGGAUGCGGAACCAGCAUUCUGUCCAUGUUCGCAGCAAAGGCUGGCGCCAAGCACGUCAUUGGUGUCGACAUGUCGACCAUCAUCGACAAGGCAAAGGAGAUUGUCGAGGUCAACGGCUUGAGCGACAAGAUCACCCUUCUCCAGGGCAAGAUGGAGGAGGUUGUUCUUCCCUUCCCCGAGGUCGACAUCAUUAUUUCCGAGUGGAUGGGCUACUUUNUGCUCUACGAGUCCAUGCUGGACACUGUCCUGUGGGCCCGUGACCGCUACCUCAAGAAGGGUGGUCUCAUUUUCCCCGACAAGGCCACCAUCUUUGUUGCCGGUAUCGAGGACGGCGACUACAAGGAGGAGAAGAUCAACUGUCAGUCGCGUCUCUUUUAUCUAGCCCACACACUCUUGCUAACCUCAAUGCACANNGUCUGGGACAACGUCUGGGGCUUCAACUACUCUCCCCUCAAGCGCACCGCCCUCACCGAGCCCCUCGUCGACACUGUUGACCUCAAGGCCGUCGUCACCGACCCUGCACCUCUUAUCACCCUCGACCUGUACACCUGCAAAGUCGCCGAUCUCGCAUUCCACCUCCCCUACUCGCUCCCCGUUCGCCGUACCGACUAUGUGCACGCCCUGAUCGCCUGGUUUGACAUUGAGUUUUCGGCCUGCCACAAGCCCGUCAAGUUCUCGACCGGCCCCCACACAAAAUACACGCACUGGAAGCAGACCGUCUUCUAUCUCAAUGACAAUCUUACCGUCGAAGCCGGCGAGAAGCUCAACGGCACCCUUCUCUGCAAGCCCAACGAGAGAAACCGAAGAGAUCUGGACGUCGAGAUUGAGUACGCUCUCGAGGCCAACGAGCAGGGUCGCGAGGCCAAGGGCAAGUGCACCUACGUCAUGUGC